AUGGAAGCUGCAUACCUUGUCCAGUUGAUCGGAGAGAGUGCCGAGGGGGAAACGGCCACUUCAUCUGAGAAUAGUCCCGUCUACUUGGAGCCGUUGAAGAUCUUACCGCGUUAUUCGGGAGAGCGAAAACUGCAAAGUCCAUUUACCUUGGCCAGACGAUCAACCUCAGCGGUAGACGCUGCGCCUAUAGCACAAUUCUGUAGCGAAAACAAGACGCGGCGUGGCGGCCGAGGAAACUGGAAAAUUAGAGGUUACGCAGGGAGGUACAUCAGUACAGGGGAUAGGCCAACGUACUUCGAAACGCAAAGGGCUGUCAGAUACUUCAAUGGCAUGAAUUUCACCACGGGGAUAGACACCAGGAUUGACACUAACCUCGUUCAACAAAGUGAUGCCAACAGCCUUGGCUUGUUAUUCGAGUUCACGAAUGGCAGGAGAAUCGUAGCCUACGGUAACAACGCCUGCAAUGCUCUUGGUAGCCGAUCGAACGAUCACUGCAUGAUGGACAAACGGUACGAGAGGAAUGACGAGAUCAUAUUCGGCGACGUGAUUGUCAAGCUCCAGUGA